AUGGCUGCUCCUCGACCAGAUGAGAAGGCUGCCACCAUGGCACCUACCUCUCAUGCAGACCCGGCCUCAUGUACAACCUCAGUAUCACUAGAUAAAGACAUUGCAAUCGGGCUAGUUGGAGAGCAUGCACGCGAAAUCGACCCAGAGAUAGAAGCACGAGUUCUUCGAAAGAUAGACUGGUUCCUAAUCCCAGCCAUGAUAGUCGGCUAUGGACUAGUAUACUACGACAAAGCCAUCCUCGGCUCUGCCGUCCUCUUCGGCAUGACAAAAGACCUCUCCCUUAGCACACUCAACACCUCCACCAAUCCCCCUACAACAAAUACAUCGCGCCUCUCAUGGGCAACAUCCCUCUUUUACUUCGGCAUGCUCGCGGGCCUCUAUCCCAUGACAUUUGCCCUCCAGCGCUUCAAUCUAGGCCGUAUCCUCGGCGGCGUGGUAAUCCUCUGGGCUUUGAUCUGCAUGCUCACUGCGACCGUGACCAAUCACCAAGGCCUCUACGCACAGCGUUUCUUCCUGGGUUUCGUGGAGAGUAUCAUACCAACGGGUUUCAUGACGAUUGUCUCGAGCUACUACACCCAGCGCGAACAAGCUAUUCGACAAAGUUGGUGGUUUAGCUCCACGGGCUUGUUUACUAUUAUCGGUGGCGCGCUCAACUACGGGUUCGCACAGAUUACGUCCGGGGCACUUAAACGCUGGCAGUAUAUCUACCUACUCGCGGGGUGUCUGACGCUGUUGUUUGGUAUCUGGUGUUUCUUCAUUCCAAACUCCUGUGCGGAAGCGUGGUUUCUCACUCCCACCGAGCGCAUCGUUGCUGUUGAGCGUCUGCGUAAGGGGGCAACGGGUGUCCGGUGUCAGAAAAUCAAGGUCUCGCAACUCAAAGAGGCGGCGACAGAUGUCAAGUUAUACCUCGUUUUCCUCCUAAUGGCGUCUGCGUAUACCGUCAAUGGCGCAGUAUCGGGUUUUGGUCCGCUUAUCGUUAGUACAUUUGGCUGGUCCACGCUCGAAUCGAUACUAUGGCAGUUUCCACUCGGCGGCCUGUGUCUCUUUUCCAUCCUGUUGUGCGGGUACCUCAGCUCGCGGAUUCCUAAUAUUAGACUCAUCCUACUUGCGGCAAACUGUCUCCCCGUCAUUGCGGGCUGCGUCAUGAUCUGGAAGAGUAAGUGGAGCUAUCAUGCCGCAGCGCCUGUAGCAGGAUACUCUAUCAUUGGCUCUUUCGGCGCCGUGGUCAGCCAGACGAUUGUCGUUGGUAUGUCGAACGUUGCUGGUGCAACCAAGAAGAGCGCCAUGGCCGCUGCGAUUUUCGUGGCGUAUUGCGUAGGCAAUAUUGUGGGACCACAGUUGAUCAAGAGUCAGGAUAAGGUGCUGCACUAUCCGCAGUUGUGGACGGGGCUGAUCAUAUGUUAUUGUAUUACUGUUGCUGCUGCUGUAGGGCUGUAUGUUGUGCUUAAGCUUGAGAACAAGAAGCGAGACGCUCUUCCUGUUGAUGAAGCUGAAAGGGAUAUGUUUGCUUUCAUGGAUCUAACGGACAAAGAGAACCCAUAUUUCAGGUAUGUACUAUAG